AUGAUCAUUGGGCUCACUUCCGCCCACCGGAAGAAUGCAUCGUAUGUGGAGCAGACACUUUUCUCCAUAUUCAAUACGACCUCGGGGGCCGAAUGGAAAUCGAUUCACGUAAUCGUGUGCCUGGUCGAUAGAAAUCAGAGCCUGCUUCAGGAACGUGCUUCCAAGAUAGCCUCGGUGUUUCGAGAACAAAUAGAACAUGGACUUCUGGAGGUGGUUGCCCCUCCGGCUAAUAUUUACCCUGAGUGGAAUUUCCAACAAAUGGUCCGAACCUACAAAAACUCACCCAAGGCCACUGAGUGGCGGAGUAAGUUGGCCUUAGAUUUUGCCUUCCUCUUUUCGUAUAGUGCGACUGCGGGUCAGUCCGAUUAUUUCCUCAACAUGGAGGAUGACGUUGUUCCAGCCGUUCCGAACUUCAUUGAAGAGACAUACAAGUUCAUCGAGGAGAAGCAAAACCGGACGUGGACGUCACUCUCGAUAUCGCCCCAUUUGUCCAUUGGGCGCUUAUAUCAUCAUUACACACUGCCCAAACUCGUGGAAUUCAUCCUGACCUCGUACACGGUGCAGCCCGUCGACUUUCUUAUGCACUACUUUGACAUGAUUCAAUUAGCCAACCAUUUCAAGCCAAAUGAAUUCCGACGGACUCCACCACUUCUGCAUCACAUUGGUGUUCACUCCACAAAAUCAGAUGCCAUCAAAGAAGAAGAGGUGUUGGCUGCCAGGCGAAAAAAACUGAGGUUUACUAACCCUCAAGCCACGAUAACAACCUCCAUGUCUGCAUUUGAGACGUUCUUUGUGGAGAACGCCUAUGAUCCCAUGAGCGAAUCGUUCUUUUGGGCCAAAGCUAUCAAACCCAAUGACACCAUCACCAUCCGCCUCCACGAGAAAUUGCGAGUUGGAGCUUUGGAAAUGAUAACCGGCUUCAAUAAGCACGACAACCAUCAUUCCGAUGAUCGGCUCCUGGAGGCUGCAUUGUGGACCUCUUCCAGAUUAACUUCACCGACAGAUGAAGGUCUUCAAGAAUGUACAACAUUCCAACACGUAUCCACUAAAUCGUCGGAGAACGGCAAAUUCGUAUUUGAUAACUCUGUCAGACAAAAAGGAAAACUUUGGUGCCUCAUAAUUCAAGUCAGGCGAGCUACAACCGAUUGGCUCGUCAUUAAAGAUAUCAAUAUUUUACCUCUGUUCCAAAAAAGAACGCCCAUACCAGGGAUUACCACAACAGCUUCUCCUGACACAUAA